AUGGAUCUGUAUGUAUACAACGCAAGGCAAUGGCAACCGACACUCCUCUCUCAGAGACGAGGCGAGACAUGCAAAAAAGACAAGACACAACGACGACAAGGGAAACGAAACGAAAAAGGACAAAGACAAAAAAGACACCAUUUGCCACCCUUUGCGCCAUAUAAUCCCGCAUCCCAACCAACUCUAGUAGACAGAACAAGCCGAGCAACACCCUACCAUUCAGCAACCUUCCAUCUGCCCGUUCCCCUCCCUUAG